AUGGACCAACGCUCCAACUUAAAAACUGCCUCACUUUGUCAAGAAAAUAAUUUCACCCAAUUGAUCCAAGAGCCUACGCAUUUUACAGAGAACUCAAGCUCUAUACUUGACCUCUUCUUCGUUUCUAAUCCAAGAUCUGUUGUAGCUUCCGGUGUCAGUGAUCACUUCCUAGAACAGGAGCUCAGAUAUCAUUGUCCCACGUACUGUAUUCUUAAAUUCUGUAAACCUAAGCCAAUUACGUUUACAAGGCUUAUUUGGAUGUAUGAUCAAUGCAACUUUGACCUCUUGCGACAAAGUCUUUCGUCAGCAGAUUGGGAAUCGUGUUCCAACGCAGAUGUCAAUGCGUACGCUUCUAACAUAACUGACACAAUUUUAUCGAUAUGUAAAAACCUUAUUCCAAAUAAAACUGUUACAGUACGUCCUAGAGAUGUCCCAUGGAUGACAAGCGCAAUACGACGGUGUAUUCGGAGGCGUAAACGUGCAUAUAAAAAAGCAAAACUGUCGGGAUCUGUCGAGCACUGGUCUAAAUUUCGAAGGAUCCGUAAUGACACUAUACGUUCCAUCAAGCAGGCCAAAUCAACGUACUACAUUAAUCUCGUAGACAAACUUAAAACCUGCACAUCUUCUUCAAAAGACUGGUGGAAUACAUUGAAGCCUUUCAUAACUAAAGAUUCUUCUGUUUCUAUCCCACCCCUUAUCGAUCCUGUCACUAAUAUGCCAACCACAAGUGAUGCAGAAAAGGCUGACCUUUUAAAUACGUACUUCGCAAAUCAGACUCAACUAAAUGAUGACGGUAAAAUUCCACCGAAUCCAACCGUCCCUCCAGUUGAACGCCAGCUAUCAUCUGUGACUCUUAUCCAGAAUGAAGUUGAGGAUGUUCUCAGAAACUUGCAAAUAGGGAAGGCUUCUGGUCCCGACGGAAUUAGUAAUCGUAUACUGCGCGAGGCUUCUCGGCAACUUUCCGGCCCUCUCUGUUCUUUAUUCAACUAUUCUCUGCACUCAGCAAACGUUCCUCUGUCCUGGAAAGAUGCAAACGUGUGUGCUGUUUUUAAGAAAGGCGACUCCUCUCUCCCAAACAACUAUCGGCCUAUAUCCCUUCUCAGCUGUGUAGAAAAAGCAUUUGAAAAAGUUUUAUUUAAACAUACUUACAAUCACCUUCAUGACACAAAUUUUCUAACCCGGUGCAGUCUGGUUUCUUACCUGGCCACUCCACUGUCAGUCAGUUGA